ACGGGCGGGAUAUCCGCAGCGGUAAAGCUCGAGCUAAUAACAUGGCGAAGACUUACGACUACUUGUUCAAACUGCUUUUAAUCGGCGACUCCGGGGUGGGGAAGACGUGCGUGCUGUUCAGGUUUUCGGAGGACGCCUUCAACUCGACGUUCAUCUCCACAAUAGGUAUUGACUUCAAGAUCAGAACAAUAGAAUUAGACGGGAAGAAGAUCAAGUUACAGAUAUGGGAUACAGCAGGACAGGAGAGAUUCAGGACAAUCACAACAGCCUACUACAGAGGAGCCAUGGGCAUCAUGCUUGUAUACGACAUCACCAACGAGAAGUCCUUUGACAACAUCAAGAACUGGAUACGAAACAUAGAAGAGCACGCCUCUGCAGACGUGGAGAGGAUGGUCCUUGGUAACAAAUGUGACGUCAAUGACAAGCGACAGGUGUCGAAAGAAAGGGGAGAGAAGCUGGCCCUGGAGUACGGCAUCAAGUUCAUGGAGACCAGCGCGAAGGCCAACAUCAACGUGGAGAACGCCUUCUUAUCCCUCGCCCGAGAUAUCAAAGCAAAGAUGGACAAGAAGCUGGAGGGCAACAACCCCCAAGGCAGCAGUCAAGGAGUGAAGAUCACGGAGCAGCCCAAGAAGAGCAGCUUCUUCCGCUGCUCGCUCCUGUGAGCUGUCAUCGGCAUCCACCAUCGAUCGCCUUAACUUUUGUCCUCCCCCCGCCACUGGACAGAACUGGACAGAGACGGCUCACAUCGCUCCUUUAAAACGUCUUAACCCGUCUUCCUCUUCACUCGGCUAUUACCCCCCCAAUCCGUCGCUUUAUACAAGUCUUCCCAUGAUUCCUGUGAAUUGAACUACAGUGGCCUGUUACGUACGUGCUGAAGCCAAUAUGUUUUGUACAAAUGCUGGUUAAGAGUAACAACUGUAGAUUUUGACUUUUAAAGAUCCACCCAAAACUUUUUUUUUUAAUUUAUAUAUAUAUAUAUAUAUAUAUAUAUUUUAAGCUUUAUCUGAAUGGCACUAUCCAGCCCAAAGUGUACUAAUUGAUCGUUUUGUUUUGUUUUUGGUAUAUUUUCAAUGAGUUAUACUUUUUUGGGAGACGACUGGGUAAUCUAAAUUACCAUGGUCAGAGGCACCAUGUCAAUACAUCUACAGUGGUACCUCAACGUACGAGCGAAUCGAGUCGUUGGUUUAAAAAAAAAAAAAAAUUGAGUUGCGAGCAAUUUGAAUGAUAGUUGGCGGCAGAGUUCGCCACACCAUCCACCCAGCAUCCCGUGUCUCGUUCACAAAUCAAAGCACACGUGUUACUCGUCGUAUAAACACUGGGGUUUAUGUUUAUCUGUCCACCCCACACACCCCCCGUCCCCUUCAAGCUGAGACAUUCCUUUUUGUGAAGACUUGGAUGUGCAAUGUGAUGUCAUUAGAGGCCAGUCGGGCUUGGUUCAUUGACAAUGUCAAUAUUCAUUGCACAAAGAUGGCUGCCGCUUUGUCGUAUGCACCUCCUCCACCCAACCCCACCCGAGAGGAAACAAAGUGUCACAGCAGCACAAAGGGGUGGGGAUUGCAGUGACAAUUGAAAAUCCCGCCCGCCCCUUGCAUUUCUUCUACUUCCUGUUGCCGGUUUCCAAUGGGGGAAUCACAUACACGACUGUUUUGAGGGCCUUAGAUUGGGGGCUGUACUGUAGCAGUAUUUAUGGAGCAAAGAAAAAAAAAAAAAACAGGACAUAGCACCAAAAUGACAAAGUGCCCUUUUAUGUUCUUAUCAAUCAUGCACUUUUUUCCUUUCCUGUGUUCUUUCUGUACAAAAGACAAAAAUAUCAUUAUCGGAUCUA